AUUUUUUCCAUAAUAAAAGAGGCACUAUGGGUGCUCUUAUAUCCAGUCUAGGCCUCUCGUAGUUCUUACAAACAGCCUGUCACCAAACUGCAAGAUGUCUGGUCGUGGAAAGAAAGCUGUCUCCAAAUUGAAGAAGACUCCCACAAGCCGCUCUGCCAGGGCAGGUCUCCAGUUUCCUGUAGCCCGAAUUCACCGUCUGCUGAAGGGCAAUUACGCUGCCCGCAUCGGUGUAGGAGCGGCAGUCUAUCUCGCUGCCAUACUGGAGUAUCUCUGCGCUGAAGUCCUGGAGCUGUCGGGCAACGCAGCCCGUGACAACAAGAAGUCGCGCAUUACUCCACGGCACAUCCAACUGGCUGUGCGGAACGAUGAAGAGCUGAACACUCUGUUCGGCGCGGUCACCAUAUCGGAGGGUGGUGUCCUUCCAAACAUCCAAGCCAUAUUGCUCCCCAAGAAGACCAAACGACCUAAAGACGGCAGCCAUGCCAAAGACGUCCAGUCUCAAGAGUUUUAAAAUAUACCUUACAAUCUUUUACCGCAAUCUUGUCCCUUUUACACUGUUUUCCUUAAUAAAUGACUAAUUUAAAGAA